AUGGCGGAUUCAGUCUCUAGUGACACAGAAGCGCAUCAUUCUUACGAUCCAAGCAGAAAACGCGGCGGGUGGAUCACUUUUCCGUUCAUAGCUGCUACGUUUUUAGGCCUCUCCCUAAGUUCUUUCGGAUUUUUACUGAACCUGAUCGUCUUCUUGAUCGAGGAAUUCAACAUAAAGAGCAUAGCUGCUGCUCAGAUCUCAAACAUUGUCAAUGGAUGUGUCAACAUGUUUCCCCUCGUUGCAGCCAUUGUAGCUGAUUCCUUCUUUGGAAACAUCCCUGUCAUCUCAAUCACAACUUUCAUCUCUUUUAUUGGCAUCGUUCUCUUGACGCUCACGGCAUCUUUAGACAACUUGAGACCUCAAAAAUGCGAAACGGGCUCGAUCCUAUGCCAAUCACCGUCGAAAUUCCAGCUCGGUUUCUUGUACUCAGCCUUAACUCUAGCGAUCAUUGGUUUAGGCGGGUCACGGUACACCUUGGCGGCUGCUGGUGCAAACCAGCAUGAGAAACCUAAAGAUCAAGCAAGCUUCUUUAACUGGUUCUUCUUCGCAGGGUACAUAGGCGUGAUUACAGCCGCGACAGCGAUUGUAUAUACUCAAGACAACGCUAGCUGGAAACUGGGGUUUGGUCUCUGCGCCGCAGCGAAUCUCAUCUGUUUCAUCGUUUUCAUCUCCGGGAAGAGAUUCUACAAGCCUGAAAAAAUAAUGGGAAGCCCUUAUACAUCCAUGGCUCGAGUUGUAGUCGCUGCUACUAUGAAGAGAAAAUCUGUGGUUUCUUCUAAAGAAGAAGACUAUCACCAGGGUCUUGGAAAAGAAGCCAAGACCUCUGUUUUAAUGCCCUCCGAGAGCUUCAGGUUCUUGAAUUCCGCAGCGUUGAAGACCAAAGAGGAAGAUGGAUCAAACAAUAACAAGUGGAGGCUAUGCUCUGUUCAAGAAGUUGAAGAUUUCAAAGCCGUUCUCCGACUUUUACCUCUCUGGGGAUCCGUCAUCGUCCUCAGCACUCCUGUGGCGAUGCAAAUGAGCUUGACUGUUCUCCAAGCUCUGGCCAUGGACCGUGGAAUCGGCCCUCACUUCAAAUUCCCUGCUGGGUCUCUCCUAGUCAUAUCAACUUUGUCCAUAUCCGCCUUUCUGAUAUUGAACAGUUUGCUUGUGUAUCCAAUGUACCAGAAGCUAACCGGCAAGAGUAUGACACCGCUUCAAAAGGUAGGGAUAGGCCAUGUUUUCACCAUCCUCAGCAUGGCCAUCUGCGCGGUUGUGGAAGCAAAGAGGCUGAAAGCAGUUGAAAAUGGACAUCUCAUGUCAGUGCUAUGGCUCUUUCCUCCUCUUGUGGUAGUUGGAAUUGGAGAAGCCUUUCAUUUUCCGGCGAAUGUUGCGGUGUUCUAUGGAGAGUUCCCUGAUUCUCUUAAGAACACGGCGGCUUCAUUGACCUCUGUGGUGAUUGGAGUCUCUUACUAUAUCAGCACAGCUCUGACCGGUCUGAUUCAGAAGACCACCGCGUGGUUACCGGACGACAUUAACCAUGGAAGAGUUGACAAUGUUUACUGGCUUUUGGUCAUUGGAGGAAUCUUGAAUUUCGGCUAUUUCCUUGUCUGUUCUUGGGUUUAUAGAUACCGAAACCUCGAAGAUUAUGAUGUUCAUGAACAAGAUCCUAAAGAUGUUACAACGUAA